CUGAUUGGUCGUUUACAGACGCGUAUUGAUGAGGUUGCAUGAACGCAAACUUUACGCGCCUGUUUCUUGAGUGUUUAGUGUUUGUAAGCGCAUUUAGACUGAUCUGAACUGAAACACGAUGAGUAAAAAGGCUAAUGUAUCAUGGGUGAAGCCAGCCGAGCCAUCUUUUCUUAAGAAAUUCAAGAACGAUGUUGGUUUUAAAGAAGGGCCGACAGUGGAGACUAAAAAGCAGCAGAUGCCGCAGAUGGAUGAGGACAGUGGUGGCAGUGAUCGGGAGGACGAGAUGCCGCAGGUCGUGGUCUUGAAAAAGGGAGAUCUGAGUGCUGAAGAGGUUAUUAAAAUAAAAAAUGAUACGACUGAUUCAAACAAAGAUGAUCAGCCUCCACCGGAUGGGAAGAUCGUCUUUAAGAAGCCUGUCAAACGCUCCUCUGAUAAAUUCGAAGGCAUUACUGCUAGCUCUAGCAAGAAGAAGAAAAGUGAGGAUGGUGAGAAGAAAGAGUCAAAAGCUGGUGUCAAGGUGAAGAACAACAGCCUGCUGUCUUUUGGUGGUGAUGAUGAUGAUGAUGAAGAUUAGUUUGACAGGGAUGCAAGCAUCCAUUUGAGUCAGAUUGUUUUGGACUGCUUUUUGCAAAGACCAAUCUGUUCUUUUAAAAAUAUAUAUAUUUCUUUGUGAGUGUGUGUAAAAUAGAUGUUUGUGAGAUUGGUUAAAUCCAUGCAGCUUACUUAUGAUAUAAUUUGAUAAAACAUGACUCAUUAUGAGCAUCUGGAGCAUGCAGGUAGGAAGUAACAACAUAUGAUUUAUUUUGCAUUUUCAUAAUUGUCAUUAAUGAUACUUUUAAAAGGCUAUGGUGAUGAGGGAUCGAAAGAGAAACAAAAACAUCUGGGUCAAUUAGAAAUGCAAAUAUGAUUUCAAAGAUGCUCUUAAAUGUGUCAUAGAAAUCCCUAUAAAAAUCCAACAGGAUGUACAGAUAUGGCUUCUAUAAAGGAGCUGUUCAGUUUCCUUUUAUUGUUUUAGGUUUUUGUUUUGCAAACUGUUGACACUCAAAAUCCCUGAUUCUGGGACAUUUGGGGUUGUAUUUUAUUAUUAAAUACAUUUUGAGGAAAGAAAACGCAUGCAUUCUGGAAUAAAGUGUUUUUACCACCA